UCCCUGCACCAAGACCAUUUCUUUACUUCAGCCACCAACUUGCAUACUAUUCAAACGGAUAUUACAUUUACAAGAACCAGCCGACUCAGCCUGCCAAGGACUCGUUCGAUACUCCAUCCAUUCAAGACUCUCAGGCUUGCUUCUAGAGUUACCACUAUCGUCCCACCUGGUGAUCUAGCGCAAUGGAGAAUGAACCCCAAUGUUACUUUGAGGAAGAUGAUGGAAAUGAAUACCAGGAAUCUUCGCCAGCCGACCCAUCGCUACUAUCCUAUAUCCAUGGAGCACUCUCCAAAUCACCUGUAGGAUCAUUAUUGACGAUAUACACCCGUGCUUCAAGCGUAACAGACAAAGUCUCCCCUGUAUCUGCACAGAAAAUGUUCUCAAGCUCAGCUCCAUGCAAUUCUGCUUCGACCAACUCAGUACCUUCUCCAUCUACAACGCGUCGCUCUGGCCACUCGCGCAGCGUAUCUUCAAGUCUUGCGGAUGUCAAGCGUGUUAUUUCAAAUAUCGCUCAACAUACCCAUCGAUCGCGCUCAGGCUCCACAGCUAGCUCAAACUCUUUCUCUGAGGUGCCAGAUAAACCGCAUAUAACCCGACGUCGAGCGCAUACAGUGUCUUCAGCCGUUCCCACUAUUGCAUAUGUCUCGGAAUCGACACCACCUUUGACCCCGGACUCGCUGUCUCCUGCUAGCUCCCAGCAUUCCAAUGGCUUCUUGGCGGAACUCGUAGACGUUGCAAAAGUGGCUUGCAGCGCACUUGGUCCUAGUGAAACACCGACGCGAACUAGGCAAGAAUCCGAACGUAUCCGCGAAGGGAAACGACCCCAACGCGACCUUCCGUAUGACACGCUUCUCGCAGGCAUCAGUCACGACUGGGACCCAGCUUCACCUCAUACACCAACCAAAGAUACUGCUCACAAGCCGGAGGAUUCAGAACCCGAUGAUGACUCCGACGAAUGGUUCGGCUUGGAAUACACCCUUGAGCUCAGUCGUACUUCACGACAUGAAGUGAGCUUUGAAGACCUUUCAAGCGGGGAGUUCUCAAAGAGUCCAUUGUCUUGGGCCAAGAUGCAUCGAGGAUCGCUGCAUCCAAGUCUUGAAGAGCAAGCAUUCCGCCGAUGGCUGAAAUGGCAUAACAACCUUGAACGGUUGGAAGAACGCAGACGAAUUGAACGUACCUUCAGUUUCUUGCGAUACUCGAAACGAAUGGCUGAAAUCGACACGGAGAUGAUCGCGUUGAGUGACUAUGUGCGAAUGUGGCAAGAGGAACUGGGAUACGCUGCGAACGUUCAGCUGGCCAAAGGACGGCUGGACUACCUCGCUCGUUAUCGUCCGGACCGUAAUGUUUGUUCAUUUACUUUGCCCCUGCGUCGUGCGAAAUCUUUGCCGGGACUCAGGAAGGUUGAUGUUUUCUUGUCGAACGACUCUUGAAGUCACACCUGUUGUCAUCUUGCUGGAGUCCGUGUAUUCUUCCUUGUUUGAACUCCUGAAUCAGAUUCAUGUAUACCAUAUUGCUUCUAACUGUUCGGUACCUAUUCUGGAAGCAGAACCUCUAUUGCACGUCAUCAUUUGGGAACUUCCAUGAACUGCGGCCUUCAAAGGUUCAGGCGGCAUUAAAGGUUAAACACCCAC